GGGACUCGCUAUGCACAGGGUGCAGUGUUCAUGGAUGUAUUGCAAGAAGUGUGCAGAGUUCAGGAGUACAUUAUGUACUGAGUGCAGAGUUCAGGGACGUUCAAUGCAGGGGCGGACUGACAACUCAUGGGGCCCCCGGGUAAUAGGGGAUCAUGGGGCCCCUGUGUCCUUGCCCAAACUCAAAAAAGCCUAUGAAAAAGGUACCAGGGGCAUCUCAUGGGGCCCCCUACUGACCCCGGGCCCUCGGGCAGUGCCCGAGUUUCAAAAUGGUCAGUCCGCCCCUGCUGUUGGA